AUGCCUCCGUUCGUCCAUAAUCCGCAGACCGUUCAUCCUGGCGAGCUAGGAGAUGAAGAGAUCAGUCAAGGCCAAGACAAAUGGGAGCCUUCACGACGCCACAUGGCCAUCAUGGCGACGGCCGCCUUGUUGUCGCUCAUGGUCGCCCUUGACGCCUGCGUCAUUGUGACCUCUUUGCAGGCUAUCGUUGCGGACCUCGAGCUCAGCACGUACGACGGCUUUUGGAUAGGAACGGCGUACCUCCUAGCCAACGCCGUGCUAAUGUUAUUCAUUGCGGAUCUGAGCCGCGUGUUUGGCACGACCUUGUGCUGCAUGUCACGCUCCAUCGCCUUGAUGUUGGCUGGACGGUCUCUCCAAGGCGUCGGCGGUGCUGGCAUUAUCGUCUUGUGCCUGCUGAUCUUCACCGACAUUGUCCCGCUGCCGCUUCGACCUACAUGGUACGGCCUGGUCCAGGCAGCAUGGGCGCUGGGUAACUGCGUUGGCCCCAUACUGGGCGGCGUCAUUGCCCAGAACACAACAUGGCGCUGGGUCUUCUACAUCAUGUUCCCAUUCUGCGUGGCAGGGCUUGCUCUUGUGCCCUGGCUAGUCAACGUUGGUUCUCGGACUGGUAAGGUGUACGAGAACUUGAAGAAGGUUGACUGGAUGGGAAACGCUCUGUUCAUCGGCUCGGCCACCUUGUCGCUGGUGGCUAUCUCCUGGGGAGGCUUGCGCUACAGUUGGCGCAGCGCCGGCACUCUCGUACCUUUGUUGCUUGGGGCAGUCGGCAUGGUGCUGACUGUGAUCUACGAGUCACGCUUCGCAGUGUCCCCGUUCUUGCAACGCCGACUUUUCCAAACCGCCAGCGCAAUCGCGACGUAUGCUUGCGGCGCCAUCCAAGGCCUUGUGAUGUACGGGCAGCUCUACUACGUGCCUCUGUACUUUAUGGAAGUCAAGGGGUUUACUCCGGUCCAGACCGGCGUCGCGCUCUUCCCGGUCAUGUUCACGCUGGUGCCGGCAUCCAUCCUCACCGGUCGACUCGUCACGGUGUUCGACAACUAUCAGUGGCCGAUCUGGGCUGGUUGGACUCUGGCUACCAUCGCCUCCGGGCUGAUGAUGUUGUGGGACGUCGAGACGCCGACGAAGGUAUGGGCGCCGACGCUCGUCCUUCUUGGUCUCGGCCAUGGCUGCAUCCUGAACGCACAGAACAUGGCAUCGCAAACCCUCUGUGACAACAAGGACGACGAAGCAAUUGCCGCAGCGAUGUACGCCUUUCUCCGGCAGUUUGGCAUGGCACUCGGAGUCGGUGUCGGCGGUUCCACAUUUCAGAACGUCAUGCUGCUCAAGUUGGAGGCCGAUGGUAUGGCACCCGCAGGCACACACGGAGGUACUCAUGCUGUUCACGCCAUGUUGAGCACGGCUGGCGAUGCUGCGCUUCGAUCCAAGAUCGUGGAUGCGUACGUCUACGGCCUGCGAGGCGUCUACGGACUGUAUGUCGGCGUAUCGGGUUUGGCGCUUCUGAUGAGUUUCUUGAUCAAGAGAGUAUCGCUGGACAGGAGCCUACGAUCUGGGCACACGAAGCACAUUCAGGCGAAGGGUCACGGAAGUGUUCACGGCUCUGGGAGUUGA